AUGAGUAUCUUCAGUAAAAACUUAAACUUUAGAGAACGUCAUAAGAUUCAAAUUAUAUCAAAUAGUGUUGCUCUGCCUCAGGAACCUUAUAUUGAAUUUAUUACAUCAAGUUGCUGCUGCUGUGGAACCAUACUACAACAUCCAAUAAACAUUUGCAAAUUUCGCUGCUCUGUUUGUUAUGUCACAGUUGUGUUAAAAGGAAUAACUCCAAAUCGUGAACCUACCGGGCCGUUUAAAUUAGAUGAAAUAAAGAGUUUGAUUGCCUUCUGUAAUGAGCAUUACUUGGAACUUGAUAAAUCAGAAAAGCAUAUUAAAAAGCACCACGUAUUCUAUCCUGUGGAGGAAUACAUUGCGUCACGAUUGAUGAGUAUAUUCCCACUUAACUCUUCUUUUGAAACAAAGAAUCCUAAUAAAAUUAUGAACUAUGAAGAAGUCGAGGAAUUUUAUCGGUUGUUGAUGGAGUUACCAACGAAGAAGCCAUUUCAUACGUUUCUCCUGGCAUCUAACGAAUUAUUAAAGCGACCUCAAGUUUCUUUAGCGUCGCUAUCUAGCGGGGAGUCAAAACAAAAACGGUUAAGAGCAUAUAGAUGGAUACUUAUCAUAUUAGAGGUCCCAAGUUUCAAACAGACUCUUGCGAAUGUUGAAGCCAAAUGCAACACACCGCAGUUCCGAGCAAUAUCGUAUGAGGUAUUAAAAAAGGUUAUUGGUUAUUUAUCAUGUCUCGAUAUUCCUACUGCUAAAGAAUUAGUACAUUAUUUGAAGCAUUUGGGAAAUGAAGCGUUUGUAUCAAAAAUCGAGUUGAUAAAUAUGUAUAUCACCUUCCACUUUACUAGAAUAUUGCACAAUCUUGGAAAAAACCUCAGUCAUGCAAUUAUGAGCCCUCAGAUAGAAGAUUUCCAAAGCUCACAGAAGUUGAAUCCAGCCCUAGCAAAUGGAACAAGAAGGAUAAAUAGAGCCAAUAUGAACUCUUUUUUUACUGGCUUCGUUAAACCAAUAACGUCUGGAGGCGCAAAAGAAACCUUAAAUGCAGAUUUCAAAUUUAAGCCAGAGGAAUAUAGCGAUGAUUGGCACAUAAAAACUGGUGCGAAAUUCCUUCUAUUAUUUUAUGUGGUUAAUCAAGCUGUAUACAAAUGCCCAUGCUCAACAUUUUAUAAUACAAUGCUAGAUUUUGUUGAUUACAAGAAAGACUUUGAAAUAUGGCAGAAAUCUAGUACUAAAAGUAUCGAUCAGGAUAAGGAAAAUAAUAAUAUGUCACUCGUUGCAAAUAGUGGACCUUUUACUAUAUGUCAGUGUCCAUUUUUGUUCUCUUUAGGAAUGAAAAUCUCCAUAUUAGAAUAUGAGACUCGGAGGCUCAUGGAAUAUAGCGCAGAGCAGGCGUUUCUCAAGGCAUUGGAUAGAAAGCAAGUUGUAGAUGUCUACUUAAAAAUCCGCAUCAGAAGAAACUUUGUUACACAGGAUUCUCUUCUGGGAAUUCAAGCACAGCAGAAAGACCUUAAAAAAUCACUAAGAAUAGAAUUUGUAAACGAACCUGGCAUAGAUGCUGGUGGUUUACGUAAAGAGUGGUUUUUAUUAUUAACCAGGGAUCUAUUUAAUCCCAACAAUGGAUUAUUUGUAUACGUUGCGCAAAGUCGGCUUUCAUGGUUUUCAAUAACGUCCUCAAUGAAUCCGGAGCUUUUGCAAGGCCAAAACAAUAGUUUGGAGUUGUACUAUCUUUUUGGCCUCGUACUAGGUCUUGCAAUCUACAAUAGUACUAUUUUAGACCUAAAGUUUCCUAGGGCAUUAUACAAGAAGCUUUGUGGGGAAAACCUAUCAGUUAACGACUUCCUAGAACUUUAUCCUGAAACUGGCGGAAACUUACUUAAAAUGCUAGAAUACGACGGAGACGAUUUCGAAGACUUAUUUUGUCUAACUUUUGAGACAAGCUUUUCAGACUGUCUUAAUGAAAAUGUCGUACAUUAUCAAGAACUCUGCGAAAACGGUAGAAACCGCCCUGUCACGCAGCACAACAAACACGAAUUCUUCAAACUCUGGAUGGAUUUUUACCUCAACAAAUCAAUUGAAGCUAGCUUUGAAAGUUUUAAAUGUGGGUUUUUUCAUGUUAUAGAAGGUAACACAUUUCAGCUUUUUGGCUCUGAAGAAGUCGAGCAGCUAGUCUGCGGUAGCAAUGAACAGAAUCUUGACGUCGACAUGUUGCGCAGUGUGACAAAAUACCAGGGUGGCUUCGAAGACACUACUCCAGUGGUCAAUUGGUUCUGGGAAAUAUUACAGGAAUUUGACUACUCUAAGCAGAGGAAACUUCUUCAAUUUGUGACAGGCUCAGACCGUGUACCGGCUACAGGCGUUACAACAAUCCCAUUCCGCAUCUCUAAGCUCAAAUCCGGCGCAGACCGCUUACCGAUCUCACACACUUGCUUUAAUGAGAUCUGCUUAUAUGAGUACGAAACAAAGGAAAUGCUUAGAGAAAAGAUCCUUAUUGCAAUUGAAGAAUCUGAGGGCUACGGUUUUAGAUGA